AUGGCGGCACCUCCUUUAGAAAAAGUCGACACCUCUCCUCCCGUCACCUCCCCCGAUGUCGAUGUCGUCGUCGCUCCCCCGGCGCCUCGGACGAAUGCCUUCAUGGACACCAUCCUCGACUCCUACCAGUCCUUCCACGAGCGAAGGCAGGCGUUGGGCCUCAGCAACCCGGGUCCUGUUGACGAGAUUGCCAAGGAGGUCCAACGGAGCGUCUUUCUCACCAACCAGACCUUCUCGGGGCUGCGAGCAGAGCUGAACAAGAGCUUCUCCAUAUACCCCUUGUUCCAGAUCAGCCAUGCCUUCGCGACUGGUAGCCAGAUGCUCUCGCCCUACACAUUCCUCGCUCUCUACGGGACGGACAACGUUCUCUGUCAAGCCCAACUCGACUCCGAUGCCUCCUUCUCCGCGCGCUUCAACUCCCGUCUCUCGAACCGCUUCAUCUUCAAGUCCAAUGUGCAAAUGCAACCCGCGCAGAUGGGCCAGCCCGGCGCUGCUCAAGUAUCGCUGGAGCAAGACUACCGGGGCAGCGACUUCACCGCGCAAUUGAAGAGCAUCAACCCAUCAGUGCUGGAGGGCGGUCUGACGGGUAUGUUCAUUGGCAGCUACAUGCAAAGCAUCACGCCGGGAUUGGCAUUGGGCAUUGAGGGUGUAUACCAGAGACCAGGCGGUGGCAUGGGACCAGAAGCGGCGAUCAGCUACGCAGCGCGAUACAAAUCCAACGACUGGAUUGGCAGCUUGCAGCUGUUGACGCAGGGUGGUCUGCAGGGCACCUACUGGAGGCGGCUGACGGACAAGGUGGAGACGGGUGUGGACGUCAACUUGCAGUUUGCAGGCCUUUCUGGCUCGAACGCCAUGCUCGGCGGCGCACGGAAAGAGGGCGUAGCGACUUUGGGUGCAAAGUACGAGUUCUCGCGUUCCAUCUACCGCGCUCAGGUCGACUCGCAAGGCAAGAUUGGCUGCUUGCUGGAGAAGAUGAUUGCGCCGCCCGUGCGUCUCACGUUCGCGGGCGAGAUGGAUCAUGCGAAGAACUCUGCCAAAAUCGGCGUCGCAGUCUCCAUCGAAGCCUCCGGCGAAGAGCUCAUGGAGCAGCAAGACAAGAUCAAUCCGGCCUCGCCACCCUUCUAA